CCUUUAUUGUCUCCGUGAACCUGAGUACAAUGUGUGCAGGCUUCCCGCAAAUGCGUCCAAAACAGGCAGAAUCGCUCCAUUUCUGGCCGAUUCCAAGACCCGAAAAGAGUACCCACUCAUCCUUAAUUCCUUUCUCCUAGACGCCCUUUCACACUCGGGUUCAACAAAAACCAACACGAGAUCACAAGGUACCCAGCUGCCACGCCCCCUGCUGCCUAGAGCUCGGGAAAAUAGUCUAAUUAGAGUUGACGGCGCCCAGGUGUAUGAACGGAAGUUGGAAGUCUGAAACCUUGGAUAGUCAUGCCCAACUUCUAACCCCCCCUUCGGAGUGGGGCGCCGUCAUUCUAUUGUGGGAUCCAAGACUCUCGAAAAAAUGCCCCGGGGAGAGCGUUGAAUUUACGUGAAUUACCGAAUGAUUGAGCAGCUCGCACCUGUAACGAGAUCAACUAAAGGCGCUAUUUGGCACAAUAUCUAGUGGGUGAGCUAUGGUUUUGUACCCCUCGUGAGGAUAUUACCAGUAUAAAUCCCAAAGCCCGCCUCCAGAUUCUAAUAUCAAUAUUGAAUUUCGUCUUGUAAAUUGCUUUUCUCCAUUCAUUUUUUCACCCUGGCCUCCUCCUUUCUUUUUGUGGUACCGGUAUUUCAAAUCGCGCUUUUCUCAACUAACUAAAGUAUUUACGCUUAACCUCUCCCCCUAAAACAAUUUGAUACCAAAUUUCCCCACCUCCAACUGUUCAAAUUCCCCCAUUCCGGGAAAAGGUCCUCCCGAUCAGAGACACGACAUCCAGCGAAGGAAGGAUCUCAUCAACUGGUAUUCAUCGCUUAUUUAACCUACUCUGCUAGUUCUAUUGUGGUUUACUCGUAGACGGUGGUAUUUGUCGAGAUCCCGAUGGAGAAUUUUAACAUAGAUCGAUGAAAACCCUACUAAAGAAUGGUCCCCAUUCUCUCAAGUCCGACCCGUUUACGCUUAUCCUCAACACCUCUUCCCCUUGUUCGGGUUCUUCAUGCCGGGGGUACUUGUAUCUUGUUUGCUCCGCUUACCUAAUCCAACCAGUGUUAUCCCGAUAUCGUGUGCCGCUUGGCCAUUAGAGAGCAGCGAGAAUCUCUUAAGAAGCGCCAAUCCAACUCUCAUGAGAUUAUGGGAAACGCAGGUCUUACGGGAACCUGCGACGGAGGCCUUAAAACAUUGUCAUGCACUAACUUACUAUUAUUGAACACCCGGGGUAGAUAUCUGCUUUUGUUGGAGAGGACCUUAUGACUGGAUCGAAUCGGAUUCUGGAGGGAGAUUGGGAGGAUGCGUGCUAUAUAAGCCAGCAGUGUCUUCUCGAGAACUCAAUCCAUCCACGCAUCUUCCCAAUCUCCCUCCAGGAUCCGAUUCAAUCCAGCCAUAAAGUCCUCUCCAAGACCCGAUCCAAUCCGCUCAUUCGGCGCUAUCAAACUCAUGGCAACAGUACUCGAUCUUCCUCCUGGUGGCCUAUGCAUAUCCAUACCCGGCAAUCUUGUUAUACGAAGCGCAUCCACGAGCAACUACGAGAUGGUCGUGUGCGGGGAAAUUAUUUUGCGGCUCUUGUCUGGAAAUUCCUUUCUCAACUUGUCAAAAUACGGCUCAGAAAUCCACAUCUUCGGUGACGCUAUCAUCCAGAAGGCAUCGGACAGUUGUGUUAUGCAGUUUAACGAGGACAUCGUCGUGGCGGAGGCGAAGCAAGGAACCGGAGAUGGUGGGGCAAAGGUCGGUUGUACCAUACGGAUGGAACUCCAAGACGACUCACCGACCGCACGCAACGCGCAACUUCACUCGAUUUCUCUCGGUCAAACCAAAUAACUUCCAUAUCAUUGACGGAACCUCUGGAUAACGGGGGGAAGGGUUCCACGAGAGCAGGACUUUCUCGCGGGUGGUGAAACGGGGCCUUCUUGUAUUGCAAGAUGUGUUAGCGAUAACCCAAGUACGCUACGUUUUGGGGAAAUAUAGUUUGCAUGUUUUCAUUCGGGUUAAUUAUUGUGGUUUGGACAAAUUCACGAGGGCACACGAUGCAGACAUUUGUGUUUCUUGGCAACA